AUGGAUGUAUUUAAAAUCCAAAGCAUAGAGGGCUAUCCUCUAUUCCCAGCCCUCCCAAUCAAUGCCGAGAUAGAAUCACAAAGUGGGGGAUUAGGGACCUGCAGACGCAUCUGGGACCCAAUCAACGCACAAUUCUCUCCCUGUGCACUACCACAUAUCUCAGCUCUCCCCGCCGUAGCAGCAAUACUCAUCCUCCUCUUCACCAUCCUCUCAUUCCUCUCACUCCGUCGCCUCACGCCGCGAUGGCUUCGAAGUUUCGCGCAGGAGCCAGAACUGCUUUCCCAGCGCGUGACUUUCAUCAGGAAGCGGUUUCUAGGAUGGAACACCAUCAUCCUCUUCGCUUUCUCCGUUGCUGGACUGAGCUUCCAGAUAUGGAGUGUCUUCUGGCCACGGUACAGUCUCCUGAUGGUCUAUCCAUGUACAGCAUGGGCAGUGGGCACGAUCCUGGUAGCUGUGCAUAGGCCAGCAAAGACUCCAAAGGUGUUGUUGGUGCUGUAUAGCUGCAUAGCUACUUCUCAGCUCAUCGUUCUCGUCGAUGGAUCUUCCUCCGCAUGGAAACACGAUGUCCCGUCGAUCCUAGCGAUCACUGCAGCGGUCGGAGCAAUCCUCACUAUUCUCCUCAUGCCACUUCGGCAUCCUCUCCGCGGAAACGAGGAGAUCAGUCCGGCGUUUGCGAAACCCGCAUUUGAGAUGCGCAGUCCGGAGGAUAAUUUGACGUUGUGGCAGUUUAUGAGUGUGUCGUGGAUGGCGCCGCUGAUUAAGAUGGGGAAUGAGAGGCAGUUAAAUGAUGAGGAUGUUUGGAGCUUGGGGUAUGAGUUUAAGCAUCGUGGGUUGCAUGAUGAGUUUAGAGAGUUGAAGGGCUCGGUGCUGAGGAGAUUGUUGGAGGCGAAUGGGCUGGAUCUGUUCAUCAUUUCGUUGUUGAGUAUUAUCGAACUGGUUGCGAAUUUCUCCGCACCAGUGCUAUUGCAGAAGAUUCUUCAGAGUAUGGAGGAUCAUAGAGCUCCGAAACAGGCCGCAUUGAAGUACGCUCUGCUGUCUCUCAUCGUGCGUCUAGUUUCAAGCCAGUCCGGUGUGUUCUCGCUCUGGUAUGGAAGACGUGCGUAUGAGCGAUCUAGAGGAGAGUUGAUCACGAUGCUGUAUGAGAAGACACUUUCUAGAAAGGUCGUCAGUGUCAGUAGUAAGGCCGUGAUUGAAAUCGAGCCUGGGAGCAUUCCGAACGGUCACACAAAAUAUGAAGAUCGAUCUCAGAUGGAGAAGCUGAAGGAUGUCAUCAUGGCGCCGCUCCGAUGGCUGAAGGGAUCUAAGAAGGCGCAGAAACCAAAAGAUCUUGCUUCAAUGGGGAAGAUUAUGAAUCUGAUGAGAUUUGAUGCGUACGAGGUUGCACAGCGAUUCUGGGAAUUCUCAUCUCUCGUUUCACAGCCUCUAGGAUUAGUCUUCGCAGUUAUUCUCAUCUGGCGCAUCCUAGGCUGGGCAUGCCUGAUUGGAGUAACAGCUGUGUUAGUAGCUCAAGCAGUCAACGUCCUGAUCGCAAAAGCAGUCCUAUAUUAUGAAAGACAACGCAGGAUAUCAACAGACACAAAACUACACAAGAUUUCUCAACUCGUUGACGCCAUCCGCCAUUUACGGUAUUACGGUUGGCAAGAUGUCUGGUUGGCCCGUAUUAUGGAGGCAAGACAGCAUGAGCUCAAAUUGCGGGUCAUUACAGCUCUUUGGACAGUUCUGAUAUCAUUCACCAAUGAAUUUGCCAGUGGAUUGUUUCCCGUUUUGGCAUUCUGGGCAUAUACUGUUCUUGCUGGAAAGUCUUUGAGAGUCGACGUGGCUUUCCCUGCACUCCAGCUUUUCGGCAUGCUUGUGUCCAGUUUGCGCGAGUUGCCGAAUCUGAUUACUGUACUCUUGAAUGCAAGGGUAUCCGUCGGCCGUCUCGAAGAAUUCAUGAACGAACCCGACAAAGAAGAGACGACUUUCACACCCAGCACCAAGAUCGAAAUGAAACAUGCAUCAUUCGCUUGGCCGGGUGCAAAGGAUCCAGUGUUAUACGACAUUAACGUAUCAUUCUCUCCUGGUUUGACAGUCAUCUGUGGAGAAGUUGGCGCUGGAAAGACUGCUCUCCUGCAAGCAUUGCUUGGCGAGCUUGAUCAGCUCGAUGGGGAGUAUCAUCGUACGAAUGAGAUGGUGGGUUAUUGUGGCCAAACGCCUUGGCUACAGAGUAUGAGUAUUAGGGAGAAUAUUUUGUUCUCUGCUCAUUAUGAGGAAGCUAGAUACAAGCAAGUCUUAGAGGCUUGUGCUUUGAUCCCGGAUAUGGCCAACUUUAAACAUGGAGAUCUGUCUCUAAUAGGAGAGAACGGGAUCGGGUUAUCAGGAGGACAGAAAGCGCGAGUCUCACUCGCACGAGCCGUGUAUUCGAAGGCGAAUAUACUGCUGCUUGAUGAUCCUCUAUCGGCACUUGAUCAUCAGACUGCCGAGUUCAUUGUACGAAGGUGUCUGGCUGGUCCAUUACUAGAAGGUCGAACCACAAUUCUGGUCACUCAUCGCACAGAACUGUGUCUCGGGAUGGCCACCCAGGCUAUCCAGAUCACAAAUGGUCGCUCGGUCCUUCUUGACCCGGAAACCAUCCCAUUCGAAGAAUUACAUCGAGUUCGAUCCUCUGAUUCCGCAAACGAAGCAAAGGGAGACGAAGAGCAGAAUCAAGCUGCAGUACCCGACAAGUUUGUCGAGGACGAAUACAGGGCUCAUGGAGGAGUCCAAGCAUCGGUAUAUUGGGAAUACAUCAAAGCCGGAAAGCUCAAAUGGUGGUUCGUUCUUAUAUGUCUCUUGGUUAUUGGCCGAAUCGUCGAAAUUGGUCAGACUUGGUUCUUGAAGCAGUGGGGAGAAGCAUAUGGUGAUCCAAUCGAACAGGCAUCUGGUCCGUUCGACGAUUUGCCUUCCCCUGAGACAAACAUCCGCCCAUGGCUUGUGGGAUUCUUCCUCAUUGCGGUGGCUCAAUCAGUUGCUUAUGCAAUCACCAAUGGGUUCAUGAUUGUCAUCAUUUACAAGGCUGGAAAAGAUUUGUUCGAGAGAGUUAUGACGAAAGUCACUCAUGCAAAAUUCCGCUUUUACGAUGUUACACCUGUGGGACGAUUGAUGAAUCGUCUCACAUCUGACAUUAACACCGUUGAUGGAAACAUCAGCGCUCAAUUCCAAAACGUCGCUUUGUUAUCCAUAUCUUGGGUAUCAUCCAUUGUCGUCAUUGGAUCCGUCACGCCACUAUUCCUUAUCUUUGCCAUCGCGCUCACAAUCGCAUUUGUAAUCAUUUUCCGACACUUCCUACCAACUUCUCAAAGUCUUCGUCGACUUGAGAUGGUAUCCCUGACGCCUCUGAUCUCAAAUUUUGGAGCUCUAACAGAUGGCCUGACAACAAUUCGAGCUUUUGCCGCAUCAUCCCGAUUUCAGGACAGAGUUAUAGCCGUGACGGAUAAUUUCCAGAAGAUGGACCAUUUCUACUGGAGUCUCCAAGCCUGGCUUAUGUACAGAUUCGACACACUUUCCGCUGGCUCGACAUUCAUUCUCACAGUUCUUGCUCUCUACACCGAUGUAUCAGCUGGUCUUACAGCCUUUGUACUCACCGCCGCAGCCACAUUCGUCCGCUCGACUCACUCUCUCUGCAGACAAUACGGACAACUUCAAAUGGACUUCGUUUCCGUAGAGCGUGUAGUUGAACUCCUCCAUCUCGAACAAGAACCACCUGGAAAGGUCAUGCCUCCUGCUUCCUGGCCAUUAUACGGCAGCGAUAUCGUGUUCGAAAACGUCACAAUCCAAUAUGCGCCACAUCUCGACCCAGCUCUCUCAAAUAUUUCACUUUCAAUCAAAGGUGGCUCUACAACCGCACUCAUCGGCCGUACUGGCUCGGGGAAAAGCACACUUGCUCUAUCGCUACUCGCCACCACCCUCCCCGUCACAGGCCGCAUCCUAAUCGACGGCAUCGAUAUCUCGACAAUAGAUCUCCAAGCCCUACGCAAACGCGUAACAUUCCUCGCUCAAGAACCCGUCCUCUUCCCAGGCAGUAUGCGACAGAACCUCGAUCCGCUGGAAGAAUACAGCGACGAUGAGUGCUCCACCGUGCUCUCCAAGAUCGCAUCGCGUCAUGAAUGGACACUAGACACACACAUCGACACUGGCGGGAAGAAUCUUUCUCAGGGACAGCGACAAUUGGUGGGCUUGGCAAGAGCCUUAUUGAGAAGGAGUCCGAUUGUUGUUAUGGAUGAGGCGACGGCGAGUAUUGAUAAGGAGACGGCGAUGCGGAUUCAGAGGAUUUUGAGGGAGGAGAUGAAGGAGAGUACGGUGGUUACGAUUGCGCAUCGGGUGGAGGCAGUUAGUGAGGCGAAGCAUUGCGUUGUUCUUGAUAAGGGGAGGUUGUUGAGAGAGGGUCCCACAGAGGGGUUUGUUGGUGAGAUGGAGUAG